ACACUCAAUUGAGCAAAUCAUCAGAUGGAAUCCCCAAAUCUGUCCGGCUACCGGAGGAAGGCGGUCGAGGAGCUUCUCCAAGGCCGUAAAUCGGCCAAGGAACUGAAGGAUCUGCUAAGGCAAACUCCGGGAACCGGAGAUCUGGUUCUGGUCGAGAAAAUCUUGAGCUCGUUUGCUAACUCUAUUGCGAUGUUGAGUAGCAACCAGCCAGACGAGGUUUCACAGAAUCUGAGGAUUAAGUCGGAGGAUUCCGGCGACAGCAUUAAGAGUUCAAGGCGAAAGGAUGGAAGAGGAUGUUACAAGCGAAGGAGAUGUGUGGAUUCAUGGGUAAAAGAGAUUACGAGUCUUAUCGACGACGGCCAUUCUUGGAGAAAAUAUGGGCAGAAAGAUAUCCUUAAGGCCAAACACCCAAGGAGCUACUACAGGUGCACGCACAAGUUUGAUCAGAGCUGCCCAGCGACGAAGCAAGUCCAACAAAUUGAGGACAAUCCACCCAAGUACCGAAUCGUAUAUUACGGCCACCACACCUGCAUGAAUUUGCUCAACGCCUCUCAGCUCCUUCUUGACUCCGCCUCCACACACACAGACUCUUCCUUCUUGCUCAACUUCGAAACUGGCACUGCUACGGCGGCUGCUACACCUGCCGGCGUUAAAACACAGAGCCCCUUCUCAUCUUUCUCAUCGGUAAAACAGGAGUACAAGGACAACAUACCAACCGAACUCAUCACUGAUCAGCACCAUCAAUCAUCGUCGACGACCACAAAGUCGGAUUAUCUCCUGUCCCCGGAGAUUACCUCAGGUGGCAUCAUGAUGCUGUCGUCACCCGAGUCUGAGCCGCCCCUAGAUGUCUUUUCUGGGGUUAUCGAUUCUUUCCUCUUUGAUGAUGUCUUUGCAUCAUUAUAGGUUUUUUUAUCUGAGUUAGCUUUUUGUUUGUAAAAUUAAGCUAAAAUAAUUUCAAGGUUUUUAAUUUCUUAAAAUAAAUUAGUUGGAUUAAAGAUCUAAAUACCCAUCUUAAUAUUUAAAAAAAAAAUGUCCGAAUCUUACAAAUAAUCUAUGUUUGUAGUGAUUCCGUGAAUCUAUGUAUGGAUCUUAGCUGUCCGAUCUUGGGAAGGGUAUACGAUCAUGUAGUUGAG